CGUUUGUUGACAAAGGACUCGCGUUGUUUGGAAUAAAAAUUCAAGAAAGAAGCACAUUAUAUUUAACCGACAACACUGGUACAGAUAUACCACAAAAUCUGUUUGAAUUUAUUAUUCGAAACUUCUGGAACGGCAGCAACUUUUUUGUAGAAAUAAAAUUUACACCGACACAAAAUGGCAAUGUUGAAAUAGUUACGGCACAACAACUUGAAACAUAUUUUAAGUCACAUCACUUGGAAUCGAUUUUGGAUGAGGAAAAAGAGGCAGAAGAAUUGAAAACUCUCGGCAAUGAAAACAUCACACCGAUAAGUAUCGACACACGGCGCCAAAUUAUUCGCAAUGUUGUUGACUUUAUGGUUCAGAAGUUUGGUAUAAAACCCACUUCAUAUCAAAAAACAUCGACAGCAAAGGCAACUAUCAUUCUUUUUCCUCGAUUGGCAUUCAAAGGAAGUGAAAAAGGCGGAAUUGACUUGCUACUCAACGGUGAUAAAGGGUGGAUGAACGCUCGUUUGAAGUACGUGCGAGAGGCACAGAGUAAAUUAAACAAAAGUGCAAAUAAUGUUUCGUUAAACACAAGCCAACAAGUUCAGCAUAUUACCUCAUCUGAUGAUGUUGAUGAAACAGUAGCGGCUGCUGAAGUGAUAUUUUUAAAGUCAUUGGUUGUGUCGGAUGAAAACAUGGAGACUUUGUUACAAAAAUUGAAUUCAACGCGCACUUAUCGUCAUAAAAUACUGAAGGACAAAAACAUUCAUUUAAAAGAACAGUUUCCAUACUUCUUCACACACCCACAUUUGAUUUUGAAAGAAUUUGAAUUGACGUUUGAAGCAGCAAAUGCAUCUGCAUUUAUGGAAAAAUGGCCAGUUUUUGCACCACAACUUCGGGAAAUUUUAUUUAGUCAUUAUAAAGUUAAAAGAUUUAAAACUUCAUGGGCUGAUGACGUCGAAGGAAUUUUGGUUUUACUGAAAAUGUUUCCUUCCAAUCAAGUUGGACGUAAUGUAAUUGCAUCCGAUCCAACAUUCAAGAAGUCAAUCGAACAGUUUAUUCAACUUGAACCG